GUCACCAAAGUUUUUAAGCAGCUUGAGAGAGCGCCUCGAGAGCAGUAGACUCUACAGCGGCUCCCGAUGCUGUCGGAGGCGAGCGGCGUGGCGCGGACCGUGCAGAAACUCUCCACUCUCUGUAGUGCAGCCACUCAUAUCCUGGAGCUUCAGAAGCCUGGAGCAUACAGCAUGAAUCGGCCCUUCAAGAACAAGAGAGAUAAGACCAGCUUAAUCAUAAUGCCAGAAGCACUGGUGAAGGAGUAUGUGGCUUACAACGCUAAGUUCCUGGGCAUCACUGAAGUGGAUCAACCUAAAGGCACUGAUGUGGUGAGAGUUGCUGUUCGAAAAUUGAAGUUCCAGAGGCACAUCAAGAAGGCUGAGGGCCACAAGGCUCCCAGAGUGGAGCUGCAGGUCUCCAUCUACGGAGUCAGAAUACUGGACCCAAAAACUAAAGAAGUACUGCACAAUUGCCAGUUGCACCGGAUGUCCUUCUGUGCGGACGAUAAAACGGACAAGCGGAUAUUCACCUUCAUCUGCACCCACCCGGAGACCAAGAAGCACCUGUGCUAUGUGUUCGACAGUGAGAAAUGCGCGGAGGAGAUAACCCUGGCCAUCGGGCAGGCAUUUGACCUGGCCUAUAAGAAGUUUCUGGAGUCGGGGGGCAAAGACGUGGAGACACGGAAGCAGUUGGGCAACCUGCAGAAAAGGAUUCAGGAUCUGGAGGCGGAGAACUCGAAACUAAAGAAACAGCUACAGGAACUGGAGGACCAGCUGAUGAACACACACUCGUCUCCCCUGCUCCACCUGACCUCCAGUAACAAGGCCUUCAUGCUGCAGCGUCCCUCUGCUCUCUUCUGGUGCAGCAGCAGCAGUGGCAGCAUCACCACCGUUAGCGACGCUAGCGGUAGCAUUAGCAUCGGCAGUGUGGCUAGCAGUGGCAUUGGCAGUGCGGCUAGUGCUAGCGGUAGUGACCUGGCCUCCUUCUCCUGUCUGGAGAUCUCCUCUGUCACGCUAACGCCCGCCUCCUCGCCCGACUCUAGCCUAUCGACGGGUCUGCUCACGCCGCCACCCUCCAAGCCAGCCCAAUCAAAACCUGUCCUCGACGACCACAGCCUGCCACGCCCACGUGCCGGCAGCAUCCCCCUGCGGCGGAGGCCCACGGACGUCUUUGACAUGGUGCCCUUCCUGCCCGUGUCUCCCAUCAUGACCAUCCCCGUCAACGGCCUCUACGACACCCCUCCCCCCUCCGCACCCCCUCAACCCACACCUCCGACACACCUGCCACUCAAGGAGAGGAGAAUAGACCUGUUUGGUGCGGAGCCCUUUGAUCCUUAUAGCUAUGGGCUGCUGGACUGGUCUCCAGACAUACAGUCUAAACUGGAUGAGAUGCAGGAGGGGUUCAAAAUGGGACUGACUCUGGAAGGCACCGUGUUCAGCCUGGACCUCCUGGAUAGUCGAUGCUGAUGUCAAAACUAAAAUGAAAAUAAAAAAACUAAAAUAACUUUUUAACAUGUAAAUAAGUCUGUACGUUGUAAAACGAUUGGAAAUGAUUUCAUGCUGGAAUGUUAAAUCGAGAUUUUUCUGUGUAUUUCUAUUUGCAUUUUGCAUUGUGUCAAAGAGAGAAAACUGUUGCCACACCACUUGAUGUGGGAUUUCUUAUUUUUGUAGAGUAACAUGAACACAGGAUGAUUGCCAUAACUAUGGAAUUGUGGACUUAAAACGAUACCAUUCGAUUUCUGGACAUAAACUCAUUUUACACCUUCCCUGGAGUUAAAUAAUUGACUUUCACCUCCUCUUCUUCCAGCAGUUCUCUUAGUCUGGUGACGUUACUUCUAGAUCCAAGCUAGCCAUUACCAUUGAAUCUUAUGGGACCAGUUAGCUGUUAGCUGGUCCCAUACAAUUCAAUGAUGCAUAUAUGCUAGUUCGGAGGUAGACUUUUCCUUGCCAGAAUGAGAAAAUGACUGUAGGUAGGAAAGAACUCAAUAGUUUAACUCAAGGGAAGAUGGGGAAAUGGUCUGGUAUCGCUUUAAUGACUGUAUUUGAUGUCAAUAUGAUUUUCUUAAAAUGCUUAAACAUUCAGCUAUCGACACUUUUAGCUCUUGAAUCACUUUAUUUAGUAAUUAUGUUGUGAGUUUGCACAUAGUCUCUAGAUCAUCUUUGAAAUUAAUUGCACAUUGCCCUCAUUCUUUUACUCUUGUAUCACUAGUCACAUUUGAACUUCAAGAUUUGGCUUUAGGGAUCAAAAAUUUGCCCCUUACACCCCUCUAAGCCCUAAGCCCCCAUGUCCUGCAUAAUUUUAUACAUCCCCCUUUCACGAUUCACAACUUAUAGACUCCGGUAUACAAUACAGUAACCCUUUUCAUGUGAACAGUUCAUGCCAAACAUUACCCUUUAAUACAAAUAAUUCUUACUCUAAGAAGGACAUCUCGGGAUCUUCGUGUGAAUGUAAAUAUUCCGCCACAAUGACAUGGGGGGAAACGCGGAGGAGGUGCUGUUCAAAAGUCACAAAAAUUGGAUCCAUUGUAACAUUCUACAGGUUUCUUGCUUCAGAACGUAGAAGUGAGGUGAAGCGUUCUCAAACUCCAGUGUUUUGGCAUUAUUCCUACUUUAUUUAUAAUUUUCACAUGACAUAUGAGCACUGCCAUUUUAACAUGGGGGGAACACUCAAAGCGAAUAAUGGUUCACCUAGCAGAUACUGCAAUGCGACGACACUCUGACUUGGGUGCUGUUUCCAUGUAGCCGUGUUUGAAAACGCAUUUGUUUUGCCCUUCCGUUUACACGUAAACGUUUAUAAAAUCUACAUAUCAAAAAUCCGGCUUUAAAAAUAACCCAUUUAGGGAGCUAAAACACAUCUGUUACGAUGGAGUUUUUAUUUUUAUCCACAUGUUGGGUUUACACCUAAACAGGACAAAAAAUAUCACAUUUUAAAAUACCCACCUACGUGGAAACAGCACCUUAGUGAAUACCGUAGUUCUGUAUAGAGCUGUCCAUGGUCCUGAAGUGUUAUGGCCUGGACUGAUGCUCCCUCAAGUCAAUGUUUUAAAUCUGCAUUUAGUUGUAUUUUUGUCAAUCAGUAUCAUUGUACAUCAUUGCUAAUCAUGUUUCUUGUCUACACUCUGCAUGUGUUUAUUAAGCAUUCCAUGCACAAACUGACACACAUUAUUUAAUUUUGAAAUAUACAUGAUGGAUGAAAAGGACGAUAAUUGCUGACUCUUCUGACCAACAUUUCUGUAUAUUUUUCAUUUGAUUGUUUUGUCUGUUUCAGUAAGAAUCUAUUUUAGAGGAGAUUUCUUUUCUUUAGGUCGUAUAUGAGGUCCACAUGUCCAUAUAUCAGUUACAGUACAUCGCCAUACUAGAUCAGUGUCACUGUCGUAAAGCUCUGAUAUCCUUCUUUAGAACUCUCUUACUUUCUCUGUUAGAACCAUCAUUAAUACCUGUCGCCACUGUUCCACACUUAGAACCAGUGUUCCAUCACUGUCCGGUUCUCUAGCUAAUUCCUGCAUCCAUCUGACAAUGCCUGGCAGACAGACAGACAGACAACUAAGAGAUGAAGAGUUACAUGAAGGCUCGGAACUUUGUGUUUUCACUUUUUUUUUGUUCUGGGAUAUUUGGAGAAUAAAAUGUACACGUCCUAAUAUGGUGUCUAAAAUUAGUCUUUUUCUGCUGUGACUUGACCUAAUGUGAGCAUGGUUAGGACCCAUGGGGACAGUGAGAUCUGAAAGGAGAACUCAAUGUGUGUG